AUGGCACCAUCAACAACAAAGAACCAACACACGAAGCUCCCACCAAAACCCACCUCCAAAUCGACGACUGCCCACGCAAAACAGCCGCUAGUCUGCUUCUCUGUCGCAGCCUACGCCAAGUCCGUCGUAAACCACCUCCACUCCUCACCCCACACAAUCCCAAUCGAACAAGGCCUGACCGACGAAGAGCUCGCCUCCCUCGAAGCCGCCUUCGACUUCACCUUCCCCACUGACCUCCGUGCCAUCCUCAAGGAAGGCCUCCCCGUGGACCCCGCCUUCCCCAACUGGCGCUCCUCCUCCCACCAACAACUCCGGAUCAUCCUCAGCCUCCCAUCCCGCAGCCUUAUCAGACAAGUCUCCAACGGAACCCUCUGGUGCAAGUCGUGGGGUCCGAAGCCCUCACCACACCAUCGUCAUAGUGAUGUGGACGUGGCAAACCAGCUGUUGAAGAGAGCACCGGUUCUCGUUCCUAUAUACCGGAACUGUUAUGUGCCUUCCAGGCCGACCGUGGCGGGGAAUCCUGUUUUGUACAUUGACGCGGAGAGGGUUAGGGUUUUGAGCUGUGACAUUACUCGGUUUUUUCGCCAAGAGUUUGGGUUCAUGCACGUGCCUGUGUGGGCCCCCAAGGUGGCCCGGAGGAUCGAAUUUUGGAGCGAUGUGGCGGCGCGUGAGGAUAGGCGCGGGUGGUGGAGUAGUUAUAAGUUGGCGGAAUGUUUGCAGGAGGUGUUUUGGAGGCUGAGGGAGGGCGGGUGGGAAGAGGAAGAGGUUAGGGAGAUGAUGAUGACGGAUGGCUAUGGUGGAAAGAUGAGAAGUGGGCCCUACGCGAUGGGAGAUGGCAAUGACGAGGCGGGAGUGGGGUGGCACGUGAAGGUGCUGUCUGUGGUUUUGUUGCGUGGGGGUUGGACCAAAGAGGAUGUGAUAGACUCCCUUGGUCUUGGGGGAACAGAAUGA